AUGUCUACAGCAGCAUCUUCGUCAAAAGCCCCAGAAGCAAAGGAGGGAGAGCCCAAGGGCGAGCAGUCCGUGCCCCACCUGGGCAUGCUCGAGGAGGACGAUGAGUUCGAGGAGUUCACUGUUGCAGACUGGGAUGAUUCGCAAACCGACUUGGCACAUCUCGGCGGUGCGCCACCGGGGGCGGCGAAGAGUGGUGGGGAUAAGCUCUGGGAGGAUAACUGGGACGACGAUGACAUCGAGGACGAUUUCAGUGUGCAGCUAAGAAACGAGCUGGCGAAGAAGAGUAACGGAGGGAAAGGCCCUGAGCCAAUGCAACACUAG